AUGUAUCAGGGCUUCCCCGGAGACUACGACUCCACCUCCCGGUGCAGCUCGUCCCCCUCGGCCGAGUCCCAUUACCUCUCCUCGGUGGACUCCUUCGGGAGCCCGACGGCCCCCGCCGCCGCCUCCUCGCAGGAGUGCAGCGGCCUUGGGGAAAUGCCCGGAUCUUUUGUGCCAACAGUGACUGCUAUAUCCACAAGCCAAGACCUCCAGUGGCUGGUGCAGCCUACCUUGAUUUCCUCAAUGGCCCACUCGCAGCAGCAGCAGCAGCAGCAGCAGCAGCAGCCACAGCCUUCGGGGCCACCCCCACCCACAGUGGACCCCUAUGACCUGCCCGGCCCCAGUUACGCUGCCCCGGGAAUGGGCACCUAUGGGGCUGGCCCUUCGACUGCCCCCAUGGCUGUGGCCACCCCACCUCGGUCCAGCAGGGCCCGGCCCCGAAGGGCACGGGAAGAAACGCUGACCCCCGAGGAGGAAGAGAAACGCCGGGUCCGCAGGGAGAGGAACAAGCUGGCGGCUGCCAAGUGCCGGAAUCGACGACGAGAACUGACCGACCGGCUCCAAGCGGAGACGGACCAGCUGGAGGAAGAGAAAGCCGAGCUGGAGUCGGAGAUCGCGGAGCUGCAGAAGGAGCGGCAGCGGCUGGAAUUCGUCCUCGUGACUCACAAGGGCAGCUGCAAAAUCCCCUACCAGGACAUCACGGAACUGAGUGGGCAGCCCGGCCCCUCGGCAGAGGUCAGCGCCCUGGCCAUGCCGGUCAAGGAGGACCCCUUUGGGCCCUCGGCCCCCUACGCCUCGGUGCCUCUGCACUACCAGCAGGUCCUGGGCGGACUCCCGGCCGUAGCCCCGGCCCCGGCGGAGGUAGCGUUUUCUAGUUCUUACUUUAGCCAUGCUGAAGAGCUGACUGAGCCGUACCCAGUUAACCCUUCCUAUACGUCUUCGUUUGUGUUCACCUACCCAGAGGGAGCCACCUGCGGAGCCAGCCACCAGCGGAACGCCAGCAGCGACCACUCCCCGGACUCUCUGAACUCUCCCUCGCUCCUUGCUUUGUGA